AACUCCCUGUGCUAAUAUCAGCUGUUUUGUCCCAGGUAGAUGCAUGGUGUACGUGUGCUUGCGUGGGAGUGUGUUGGUUAUGUACAAACAGAAAAAUUGAAAGAUAAUUUAUAGCUGGAACGUUCUCACUUCCAAACAUGUUUCAAAAUAUUUGCAUUAAAAGCUUCCAAGCAGUAUCUUCUGUCACAUUAUAUCGACAUGUCUUUAAAAAUAAAGGAACAAGGCUGAGGCACAUAGGAGCCGCGAUUCUGAGCUCUGGUAUGGCAGCGUACGCAGCCACAAAAUAUAAAGCAGAAAUGGCCAAGGCUGAGAUUGAUACCGUGAACUUUAUGGCUGCACCCAUUACUGAUAUUAAAAAAUUGUCACAGAAUCCAAAUGACAUGAAAACAAAAAUGGAACUCCUGAUAAUGAAAAUGCAGGCUGAAGUUUGCCAUGCCUUAGAAGCUGAGGAGGAUGAAGGGACCACGUUCCACGUUGACCGCUGGGAGCGCCCCGAAGGCGGAGGUGGAAUCACUUGUGUAAUUCAAGAUGGUCGUACUUUUGAGAAAGCAGGAGUGAACAUUUCAGUAGUUCAGGGACACUUGCCUCCCGCUGCAGUGCAACAGAUGAGAGCUAGGGGUAAAAUCCUUCAAGAGGGUCCACUGCCAUUCUUUGCCGCUGGCAUAAGUUCGGUAAUACACCCACGAAACCCCAUGGUUCCUACCGUCCAUUUUAAUUACCGUUACUUCGAAGUAAAAAAUGCAGAUGGUUCUGUGCAGUGGUGGUUUGGAGGGGGAACAGACCUGACCCCCUACUACUUGGAUGAAGACGAUUCCAAAUAUUUCCAUCUCACACUGAAGGAAGCGUGUGAUAAACAUGACAAAACAUAUUAUCCAAAGUUUAAGGCCUGGUGUGAUGAUUACUUCCAUGUAAAGCACAGAGGUGAAAGGAGAGGGAUUGGAGGCAUCUUUUUUGAUGACCUGGACACCCCAUCACAAGAGAAGACGUUCAACUUUGUGAGAACGUGCGCUGAAUCGGUCAUUCCCUCGUACAUUCCAUUGGUUCAAAAGCACAAGGAUGAUCCAUAUGGCUACAGUGAACGGCAGUGGCAGUUGUUGCGCAGGGGUCGAUACGUAGAAUUUAACCUGAUAUACGACAGAGGCACUAAGUUCGGCCUUUACACUCCUGGAGCGAGAUACGAGAGUAUUCUUAUGUCCCUCCCUCUUACCGCUAAAUGGGAGUACAUGCAUAUGCCGAGUCCUCAUUCAAAAGAAUGGAAACUUCUGGAAGUCCUAAAGAAUCCAAGAGAUUGGCUGGGAACUGGAAAUGCUACAAAAUAGCUCUUAAUUUAAGUAAAGUAUUUUGUAAAUUGGAUAAAGGUUGUAUUAACGGGAUCUAGAGUUCUAUUUUUUUUUAUUAAAUUUAUAUAUUUUUUUAACUUUCUGUGAUCUGUAAUGUAAUAGCCCAUGAUGCAGUCAGGAGAAACUCGGAUGUCCGGUGCUGACAGGAUUAUAUUCCGAUAUUGAAUCGGUGAGGUCAGCUCAAGUCAGAUGAUCAAUGUUUGAUUCCUGACAGAGGUAAUUAUCUGUCUCUUCACCAUCAUGUUGGUUCCAUACAGCCCGUUAUGAGGGGAUACUGUGGACUUUAUCCCACCAAAGUGUGAAACAGAUCUCUUACCUCCAUUUGACAUUAAAUAAAUUAAUUUCAACAAGAUGGUAUGCCUUAAAGACCAUGUCUCUGUCUGGCACGGACCCUGGUCCACUGAUGUAGAACUAUUAGCUCUCUUCUUUGUAAUUUUCCAGAUUUUUAUUCGUUCUAUCUGAACAUUAAUUUUUCUGCAAAGUGUUCAUUUAAGCAAUACAAUUUUACAAUUUUUUUUAAAAUAAUUUACCUUCCAUAUCUCUUGUUGAAAGGAAAAACAACAUUAGGGACUAGUUGCUUUUCUAUGUAUCUUCAAAAUUUUGCCUAUUUUUGGCUGUCACAGCUUCAUUCUGUGAGGGAGAUAUGAGUAUCAGAAGAGCUGAAAGUUCUGUGCAGUUUCUCUUUCAACGUCUUCUUCGGAUAACAUUCCUGCCUAUUAAAUGGAGAGAAAUAGCAGUCUCGGAAGAACUAUCGUCUUCGCUUUCUCCGAGCUUCAUGCAUUUAAUACUUGCUUUAAUAAUAAUGUGGAAUUAUUUUCUUUGCUCUCUAUUUUAGAUAUGACUUUUUAAAAAUUGUAGAAUUCUGAAUCUUCCAUUCAUAUACGGUAUCUCAUCAUGACAGGGGGGUUGAACAAAGAGUUACGUAUGUGUAUUAUUUUGUACGAUGAACUGAAAGCUGUAAUGUCACUUGACUGGUUAAGUCUGUAGUGAAAGCAAGAUACAAACACGUUCAAUUGUUAAUAAAUGUUUGAUUUCAAUUAUAAGUUACUCUACAGAAA